GAAUGUGGCCGCCAUUUUGUGUGCGAGUUUGCUUCCGCGGAAGGCGAGCGAGGCAGCGGCGGGAGGCGAAGAGAGGAGCGGAGCGGAACGGGCUGCGCUUUAGCGAGCUGGGACUUCUACCCUAGAAGCCCGUGUGCCGAGAAUCUGAUGUUGGGCUCGGCUUCGUGGCUGAAAACAGCAAAUCGGCCCAUGAGAACUACCAUUCCUAGCCAAAGGAAGGGGUCCAGCAGGAGUCAGUAUCUAUUCCUUCAGGUCUGGCAGCAGGAAAUAGAACAGGAGGUGGAGACUGUGGAAUCUGAAGAGAGAACUGAAAGGUGACACUUAAGUUGAAGAUGGGGGGUGGAGAAAGGUUCAACAUUCCAUCUACCCAGCCCAGAAAUACUUCGAAGAACCACCAACAACUGAACAACAGGAAAAAAAGCAAAGAUCAGAAUUCGCAGAUAAAGAAAAUCCACAAGAAAGAGAGGGGACUUGGAUGCAGCCCAUCAUCUGUAGCAUGGCAGGCCAUGCAGAAUGGGGGGAAGAAUACAAUGCACUUCCCAACUAACCAGACUUGGAGUCCAGCUUUAUCCCACUCCCUCUUCAUGCCUCAAACCAAUGAAAAUUAUGCUGGAGCAAAAUUCAGUGAGCCACCAUCGCCCAGUGUUCUUCCUAAACCACCAAGCCACUGGGUAACUGUUUCACUUGACCCUGCUGAUAGAGAAAUCAUGACUUUUCAACUUAAGACCUUGCUUAAAGUCCAGGCUUGAGAUAGAAUCUAUGAAUACAUUGGGAUAAAAGAUACAUGUUAUCAUUUCAAAUUCCAUAAGGUUGGUCUGCAUUGGGUUCCCAAAUGCGAACUAAGGCACAUCUUACGGAUUGAAUGAGCUGUGUAAUAGAAGUUGCUCAGUUUUUUAUGUCAUGCGGGGAAUUCCCACUUGGAAACACCCGUUUGGGGGUUUUGUGCACUGGUUAACACCUAUUUUAGGGUUCUGUGCACUUUUAUCAACUUCUGUGCUACUGAUGCACCAUUGUAAUCAAUACGUAGUCUGAACCAACUCCUGAUGUGGUCCUGGAAUUACAAACACUACCGGGCCCUCUAAUAAAUAUUUUAGUUGCCUUCCCUUUUGGAACUGCUUUGAUGGAGCAUGUAUUUGGGGGAAUUAACACCAGCUGGCCAAAUUUACAACCACUGCAAUGCAACGUAAUUGCAAAAUAUCAUUGGUUUCCCCCACAUACUGUGAAAUGUUAGUAACUUUCUGCCUAGAGUUUCUAGUUAAAAAAACAACACCUAAAAUUGUUUUAAGAAAGCCAUUUAGAUUGUGAUGAAUUUUAUUAGUUUACGAGACCUGUAUCAUUUGAACUGGUGGUUUGGGCGGGUAGACAUCCAUCCAAAACCCUGUGACCAAAACGUAAACACUUAAAUUUGGAAAUCUCAAUUCUGUAUAGAUAGAACUUGUUUAAUAAGAAUGAAAACAUGGGCAUGCACUUGAUCUCUAGCUUUUUAUACAACCCUAGAAAUGUAUUACAUUGAGCACAAACAGUCUAUGUGUGCCAGGUCAAAAACAUUUUUGCAUUGCUGGGUGACUGCCAAAAGCUUUUAAAGUGUUUUUUUGUUCACAGAAUUUCACUGAGCUGUGUUUGAAACACAUUCUGUAUGUUUUGUAUCUUUUGCUGAAACAGAACUGUUGAGGCCAGUCUGAAAUUGGAUGAUAUGAACUUGUGUAAAUGAACUUAGCAAGUGUAAAACAUCCUUUAUCUAGGGAAAAAAGAGCCAUGUAAAUAAAUGUAAAACUUUGUAGCAUAUGUAAAUUUAUGCUGGGCUUUCCUGCCAAGAUGAAAUAUUUUUAGUACAAAACUGCUGAAUGUAAGAAGACCAUGCUAAACACAUGGCAUGAUUUUUUUUUUUAAAA